AUGGGACGAUUGAGCCUUCUGUUUGGAGGCCGAAGAGAGAUCAGAGCGCAACUGCUAGACGGAGUCGCACUCCCAGCCGGUUUAUGGAUCCGUGCACUAGCAGGUGGAUUCGCGGACGUAAAGACUCUGUAUGUGCGGUUGCGAGAACUCGACGAGCGGAUCUCCGGUGUCUCGGAGACAACCGAAGCACUGACAUGGACAGCCAGCCGUGAAGCACUUGAAGAUGGCCGUGAGGCUCAGUCAGACACGCAGCUGGACAAAGGCGGAAACGACAAAAGCACUUGGACUGACAGAGGCCGUUCGGCGCCCUGCGAGCCAUACUUGCGGGUGAAGACGAAGCUAGCGAUGGUUCAUCUGGUAUCAUGCUUGCAGCAGGAGCACGAGUUGUGGCCACCGUGGCGGAGAGACACCCGGGCAGCGGAUGAUUAA